AUGGCUGCUGCGGGAGUUACCCAUCCCAGCUCCCCGCGCCUCCCCAGUCCUCCUCCGUUUACUGAGGUGCAGAUCGGCCCUAAGUCUCCUUCGGUCGGCGAGUCGAUUGGCAAGGAUGGAGAGCAUUACCUAGGCGCUUCUCACGGUGCCGACGAUGGCUCGACUCGGAGAAUUCGACCGGGAACCAAGGCUGUGGAUAUGGCAGUGGGCCCUCCGUUGAUCCCUCUCUCGCAGCUUGACUCCCCCUUUCAACUCCAGGAACAUCUCAAGGCGCUCUACAACCAUUACACGAGACCCGAGGGAACCGACAUUGUUGUUCCGAUCAGCCGGGAUGUUGCGAUUCAGCUUGCCGAACCUCCCGAGGGCAUCGACCGGUCGCUUUGGCUGUACGAGCUCUGCCGUUUCCUGACCAUGAAAGUCAACAACCUGAUCAUCGCCUUCUUCGCCGAGAACCCUCCCUGCUCUGCCUCAACCUGUCCGGAGAUGCGAGCGUCUGAGUGGCAAUACCUCUGCGCCGUCCACGAUCCGCCCAAGUCCUGCUGCGCCAUUGAUUACUGCUGCCAUACCCUCGAUUGGGCAACCACUGUCCUUACGUCGCCAAAAUACUUUCCCAGUCGGUUGACCUUGGGAUCCGAGGCGGGCGGCGGGCCGUCGGCCAGUAUGAGACAUUUGACCAACAUCUUCCGUCGGCUCUACCGUAUCUUUGCACACGCGUGGUUCCAGCAUCGUGAAGUAUUCUGGCAGGUCGAGGGUCACGACGGACUUUACAUCUUCUUCAAAACCGUCUGUGACAUGUACAGUCUGAUCCCAGAAGAUAACUACACGAUCCCUGCGGAAGCGGAGGGGGUUGAUGUGCACCAGCCGGCCGAACAGCCGGAUGGGCGUCGAUUGACGAUCCUGCGGAAGGACAGCGGCGGAUCCCCGAACCUCUCGCUGGAAGCUAUGGAGCCGUCAUCCAUCAGCACGGGCGCAACCACACGACGCCAUAAGAACAGUCCCUCGACCAGCUCGCGGGUAACGACUAUUAGCGAAAGCGCCGAGGACGAUGAGCAGCAUCCGAAAGAGUCUCCGCAGGCGGCGACCGAAUCUGCUCAGAAGGAGCUGGAGGAACCAGAGCCGGAGGAGAAACUAGAGCCUGAGUCGGAACCCGAGAAGCCCGAGCCCCAGUCGGAGGCCCCUGAACAAGACGUCAUCGAAGAACAGUCGGGACCUAGUGAGGAGACGUCAGUGGACGCCGAUGGAUCCCAGGUCACCGUUGCUGAGGUCCCGGAGGAUGAAGACGCCCCCAAGGCACCCGAAGAUGAGCCCGAGAACAAGGAGCAGGAGAUGACCGAGCCUAGUCCCGAGGAACCGAAGCCGGAGGAGGACCAAAGCGCGGACGCUGCACCUGUUGAAACUUCGAAACCAGAACCAGAGUCGGAGUCGGAGCCAGAGAAACCAUCCACUGCACCGGAGGAGAACAAAACCGAAACUGAGGCCGCGGCCAAGGAGACCUGA